CUCAUCUCACUUGAGAAAGCACUGUUCAGCCAUGGAAGUAAGCGUUGGACGCCAGCCAAAGGGUCAGCUAUGGCUGGUCUUAGCCGUGCUGGUUGCCUUUGCAAUGCUCGGUGAGGCAGCCAGAAGCUUGCCACCACCUUCUCUUUCAGCAUCGCCAACGUAUGCUCCUAUCAUUAAGGUGAUAGGCAAAGCAUACUGCUAUAGAUGCUUCAACGAGGCACACCCAGAAGAAUCCCAUGGGAAGGAGCACCUGGAAGGAGCCAUGGUCAAGGUCACUUGCCAGGCCAAUGACCAGGCAAUAGUGAGAUUUGGCUACACCGAAAGCAAUGGCAAAUACAGUGUGGCCAUUACCGGGUUGCCACUUAGCGGCACCUUUGGGGCUGACUCGUGCAAGGUUGAGCUCCAUGCAGCAGCAGGAGGAUCUGACUGCAAUGUGCCCAUGGAGUUAAAUCUCUCUGGAGUUAGCGUUUACUCAAAGUCCAAUGAAGAAGUGGUUCUCCAAGCCAACCAAGUAAUGGCAUUUGGAUCAAAGAAGACAUUUGCUGGAUGUUCAAAACCUCACAUUCUACCAUCAAUGUAUCCAUAUAAUUCACCGCCACUCCCAUCCCAGCAUUCCUCACCUCCGUCCAACUACAAAUCCCCACCAGUACCAUACCAGCAUUCACCACCUCCUUCUAACAAGUUUCCACCUCCAUCAUAUCAGUAUCCAUCACCUCCACAGAACUUCUACUCUUCGCCGCCACCGUACCAACAGUCCACACCUUCAAACAACUACCAAGCUCCACCAACAUCUAACAAUCAAACACCAACCCAGAAGUAUUUACCACCCCCAUACUACUACAACUCCCCACCUCCGAACAGCCACGUAGCUCCACCACUGCCAUACCUGCAGUCCCCACCUCCGUACAACUACAAGUCGCCUCUUCUACCAUUGUCACCAACGCCUCCUCAACAUUAUAACUCUCCACCUCCAUUUAACUAUGGAUCUUCACCCCCACCUUACCAAUAUUCUCCACCGCUACCUCCAAAACAUCUACAACCAAAUGUUCCUCAUGCUAAUCCGCUACCAGCAUCAAUAUCUCCACAGCCUCUUUACCCCUAUGGCUCUCCACCACCAGCAUCAAUAUCUCCACAGCCUCUUUACCCCUACAGCUCUCCACCACCAUAUCUGAACUCUUACCAAUCCCCACCACCACCGAUUCAGCUUCCUCAUGUAAAAUCGCCACCAGUUUCUUCAACGUCUCCACAGCCUCUGCACCACUACAGCUCUCCACCACCAUCGCUUCUGAACUCGUACCAAUCCCCACCACCACCGAUUCAGCUUCCUCAUGUAAAAUCGCCACCAGUUUCUUCAACGCCUCCACAGCCUCUGCACCACUACAGCUCACCACCACCAUCGCUUCUGAACUCCUACCAAUCCCCCCCACCACCGAGUCACCUGUCAUAAGCAUCAGGAAGGGUUUCUUGAAAUACGUGGGCAGAAUAAACAGAAGAGGUGAAGCCUAUCUCGAGAGGAAGAAGCGCCGCAGCUGGAGUUUUCAACUGAGGAUCUCAGUCUCUAGUAUUAUUUACCCAAGCAUCUAGUGUUGUUUCAGCUUGCACUCCGUUGCCUAGAGCUAUUUCAGCAAUGUAACCAUAAGUUGUAUGAGCUUUUCUUAGUAGUACAUCAGUGUUCUAUUUUCAAUCCAAUAUAC